AUGAGCGAACCCGACGAAGCCAAGAACAAUGGUGGCUGGAAGGCCAUCUUUAAGGGCCAGGGUGAGAAGAAGGGCGGCACACAAACAUUCUCACUCCCAAAGUUCAGCAUCUCAUCCGACAAAAAGACUGAAAUACCAACCGUUACCGAGCUGCCCUCCCAGGAGUUGAAGCCGGAGCUACCUCAACUAGGCAGCGAGACAACGGAGCGAGUAUUUCCAGUUCGAUCGAUGGUCUCCUAUGACUCGAAUCCUUCGUCUGCCCUACAAAAGCCUUCUCUAGACAAGCUCGAAAGCCCUAUAUCACCGUUUUCAGAGGCGUUAAGGAGGAGUUCUUUGGCGAACGGCAAUGCACCAAAGCAGACAAAUGGAGAUACCAAUGGAGAACAGCGAGUUACGAGGCCAGAAUAUCUGAGUCAGAUGCAUGAGCAGAGCCAAAGGCUUGCUGGAAUAUCUCCAUCCUCAAGAGUGCCAACCCUCAGUCGCCCUGCCUCCAUAAACGACCGUCUUCUAUCCUCGAAUGGAAACUCAAACUCCCAUCAGAGUACCGGACCAUAUGAAAGGUUGCACAACUCAAUCAGCGAAGGAGCCAAGAUCUUGAAACCGAUUCGAAUGUCCAAGGGACUACGGUUCUCGCAUGAAGACGAAGACGAUAUCAUCAUUCAAUCUUUUGGUGCACUAAUAGUCGUCACACAGUCGGAUGAUGAUUUCCCCGUGGAAGCCACUAGCAGCAACACGGAGGAGAUUUUCGGCAUUACCCCCGACAAUCUAUUUGAACUAAAGUCCAUCAGUGACAUUUUCUCCGAGACUCAAUCGCGAAUCUUCCGAGCACAUGCCAAUUAUGUCCUGAGUGACGAAUAUGAAGUUGAAGAAGUUGGCCCUGAGGUCUUCUGUCUACUAACCUUAGAUGGAAGCACUCAACGACUCUGGUGCACAAUGCACACUAGUAAAGCAUACAAGAACUACAUCAUCUGCGAGCUGGAGCCUGAGAUUGGAGGCUCCCGGCAACUCAUGGACAGUGUCGAUUCCGAAGGCCUGCGACAUCGAAGACCACGACCCCUAAGUCAAUUCUCUGAAGACGAAGCCCCCCAACGAAAAAGCCUUUUUAAUACAUACGACAAUCCCCCCCAAGAGGCAGAUAGCAUGGACUCAGAACUCUUGAAUAUUCUUCCGCGUAUUUUAAAGCGAAUCUCAAGCGCCCAAUCACUGGAUGUCUUGAUUCAAAAUACCAUUUCGACGCUUCAGGAUAUGACCAAGUUUCAUCGCAUCACGGUGUACCAUUUUGACGGCGACCGAAAUGGUAUCGUCGUUGCAGAUACUCUUGAACCACCAAGGAACCUGGAAUCCUUCCAAUGGAUACAUUUCCAGGAAUCCACUUUCCCCGAGGAUCUCAAGCGCCAGUACUUGAGGGAUAGGGUUGCUUUCUCUUACCGAAAGGGUGACGAUGUCUCUGAGCUGGUUUACCGAGUGUCUACCAACAAGACGGCUCUGGACUUGUCGCAUUGCUAUUUGACAGCAACGCCAGAUGACCCUGCCAGUAAUUCCACCAAAACUUCGGCCUGUGCCUGCUUGUCCAUCAGUAUUGAAGUUUUCGGCAAGCUAUGGGGUUUAAUAUCUUGCCAAUCCUAUGAUGAGAAGCUGCGACUCCAUCCUCUGCUUCAGCGAGCAAGCUGGUUGAUUGGUGAAGCAGUUUCCAGCAACAUCGAGCGUCUCUCGUAUACAUUGCCAUUCCAAGUAAAAGAUCAGAAUUCACCAGCCGGCGAGUCAACUUCGGAGGAGAUCGUUUGUCCUUCUGGUGACCUUCUAGGCCUCUUCGGCUCCGAUUAUGCCGCGGCGUCCAUUCUGGGAAAAGUAAAGGUCUUGGGUAAACCGGCCGACUCGCAAGAACUUUUGGCUCUUCUGGAAUACCUACGAGCUAAAGAGAUUGAGACAGUCCUGUGGUCCACGGAUCUCGCGUCUGAUUUUGAAGAUCUCGACUAUUCUCCCGGCUUCCAACACUUGGCUAGCCUGCUCUAUAUCCCAUUGUCAGCUAAUGGGCAUGACUUUAUCGUUUUCUUUCGGAGUCAACCGAAAGUAAACCAGGACAACGAUGCCCUCGGCCUCGGAUCCCGACCAUCAGAAUGGUCGGCCGCAGAAUUUGGAAAGGCCUCGAUGCUGACGCUCUUGUAUCGAACAUUCACGAAUAUUUGGCAAGAGAGAGAGGUCACAAUGCAGAAUAACCAGCUGAUGAGGCUUCUGUUAGCCAACACCGCACACGAGUUCCGCACACCACUUAACGCCAUUAUCAACUAUCUCGAGAUCGCGCUAGAUAGCUCCCUCAAUCAAGAGACCAGGGAGAACUUAUCUAGGUCUCAUUCAGCGUCAAAGUCAUUGGUAUACAUCAUCAACGAUCUCCUGGAUCUCACAAACGCAGAGAACGGACAAAGACUCAUCAAGGACGAGGUCUUUAAUCUCUCUGAAACUCUUUGUGAGGCGACUAAUAUCUUCUGGGAGGAGGCCAAGCAAAAGAAUGUAAAUCUCCAAGUCGUGCAGCAUUCGGAGCUGCCUCCGGUACUCGGCGACCAACGACGGGUACGACAGGUCAUCACCAAUCUCAUCAGCAACGCCGUUCAACACACUUCGUCGGGCGCUGUCACGAUCGAAUCAUGCAUUAUACCCGAGCCGUGCGAACCUGGGUACAUUUCCGUGGAGGUCGCUAUUCACGACACUGGCGCCGGAAUGUCUCAGGAGACAGUGGAGACUUUAUUCUGCGAGCUGGAACAGGUCUCCAACGAAGAGUACAUUCAAAAGCCAAAUUUGAGUGGAGGAACCUGCGACACACGUGCUAUGGAAUCCAGUAGUGUCCUCGGGUUGGGACUUGCCCUUGUUGCACGCAUUGUGCGGAACAUGGAUGGGCAGCUUAGCCUCAAGUCUGAAAAAGGGACUGGCAGCUGCUUUAAGCUUCGACUCAAGUUCCCAUUGCCGUCUGAGGAAGGUGCCAAAACCAAUGUGGCGGGUGGUGGCAGCUGUGGACACCAAGCAUGUCACCAAAAGAACGACACAAACCAAGCUCCAACUGAGAGUAUUGCCGAGGGAAAGAGCGGCAUACCAUGUCGCUGUGGCGAUGACAGCUUCCCUGGACCUGGACCUGGGCAAAAAGACAGCAACUGCUUGGAUGUCGAGAUUAAUCUGACAAACGGCGAAUCCCGCAGUAUCACCUUGGCUGCCCCGCACUCAGCAUCAGACAAAAGGACCAAAGCCAUAGAAGGUCUUUGCACCGCUCCUGAGCAAGAAAAAGAGGAAAAGACUCGUGUUCUGCUCAAAGAGCCCAAGGCGCCAACUGAAGAACCCGAGACCACGACAGCCGACAUGAACGCAAACUCCAAAUUGCACGUUCUGGUUGCCGAAGACGACCCUGUCAACAGUACCAUCCUGAAGAAACGAUUGGAGAAGUUCGGGUACCAGAUUCGAUUGACGGGCAAUGGCAAGGAAUGCGCUGCUGUGUACCGUGAGAAUCCCAGCUCCUAUGAUGCGAUCUUGAUGGACCUGCAGAUGCCAAUAGUUGAUGGUCUAUCCGCUGCCAAGAUGAUUCGAGAGUACGAGGUCCAGGCCUAUUUGGGCCAUGAUUAUGUACCAAUCUUCGCGGUCUCUGCCUCGCUCUUGGAAAAGGACCGACAAACUUACAUCGACUCUGGCUUUGAUGGAUGGAUCAUGAAACCCAUUGAUUUUCAAAGAAUUUAUGAGCUUCUUGGAGGUGUAAAAUCUACGGAAAUACGACGUUCAUGUUUCUAUCGACCGGGGAUGUGGGAGCAGGGUGGUUGGUUCGCAGGAAAUAAUUAA